AUGAUUCAAGACUUUCCUGACGUGUUUCUAGAAGAGCUUUUGGGUUUACUGCAGGAUCGUGAGGUGGCAUUCCUUGGUCACAUUGUUUUAGCUGAGGGUAUUUGGGUUGAUCCGAAUAAGAUUAAGCGUAAAUCUGCUCAUUUGACCAAGUUGUUGCAAAAGGAUGUUAAGUCUGAGUGGACGAAUGAGAGGCAAAGUAGCUUUGUGAGGUUAAAGUUAGCUCUGACAGAGGCUCCAAUGUUGGUUCAACCAAUGUCUAAGAAAGAUUUUAUGGUGUAUAGUGAUGCGUUUAUUACCGGUCUUGGGUGUGUAUUGAUGCAAGACGAUAGUGUGGUAGCUUAUGUGUCAAGGCAAAUGAAGUCGCAUUAA